UCUCUCUACCCUCUCUCUGUCUCUCUCUCCUCCCCUUCUCUCUCUCUCUCUCCCCCCUUCCUCUAAUCAAUCUAUUUAGAAUCUUAGAGGGGUUGUAAAUAAAUCAUCUUUGAGCAGAUAAGACUGGUGGGUGAGAGGCUUGGGAAGAUUACAGGUACUUAGAUAUAUUUCUGAUUUGAUGCUAUAACACAUACAUCAAUUACAUAUUAAAAACUGACAAAUGGGGUCUGAAGGGCCUUCGCCAGUAACUAUUCAUGUGACCGGUUUUAAGAAAUUCCACGGAGUUUCGGAGAAUCCAACUGAGACAAUUGUCAGUAAUCUCCCGGAGUAUGUGAAGAAGAAGGGUUCACCAAAAGGUCUGGUUCUUGGAAGUUGCAGCAUUCUUGAGACUGCAGGACAAGGAGCACUUGUCACCCUGUACCAGACAUUGCGAUCUGCUAUCAGUGAGCAGGAUACUUCAAAUUCCAGCAGAACUAUUUGGUUACACUUUGGUGUUAAUAGUGGUGCAACAAAGUUUGCUCUCGAGCACCAAGCGGUCAAUGAAGCUACUUUCCGUUGCCCUGAUGAAAUGGGAUGGAAGCCUCAGAAAGUUCCGAUUAUUCCUUCAGAUGGUGGAAUUGCACAUAUACGAGAGACUUCUCUUCCCGUUGAGGAAAUAACGAAGGCCUUGGCAAAGAAGGGUUAUGAGGUGAUGACCUCGGAUGAUGCAGGUCGGUUUGUGUGCAAUUACGUCUACUACCAUUCCCUUCGAUUUGCAGAGCAAAACGGGAUCAAGUCACUCUUUGUUCAUGUGCCUCUCUUCUUGACCAUAGACGUGGAGACCCAAAUGCAGUUUGCUGCUUCCUUGCUAGAGGUACUUGCUUCAUUAUGCUAGUACACUCCUCCAACCACACCUGUAUGCCAAAGAGCUUGAUUGUAAGCCAGCUUGGAGUUGCCAUGUUAAUUACGGUGGAUCAACGCUUCGUAAAUAGAAAUGCUCGAAUAAUCAGAAGGCGUAAUCUGAGAGAAACUGUAUUGAAAGAACAUUCUUAAUUAUGAUGUAUUUUCAUGUCUUUUCCAGAAACUUUCGGUAACAUGCCGAAAUUCGAAUCCAGUUUGUGAAUGACAUCCCAGUCUGCUCAUGAGCUUACCACUA